AUGGCAGUACAGACAUUCCCAUCGGACUGUUCUGAUCUCAUUGACCACAGCCACAUUGCUGAGUUUGAGGUAUCUCUUUGGAUCAAGAUCACUUUGGGCUUAGGGUACAUCUGCCUAUUUGUUGCGGGCAUCUUGGGCAACAGCAUCACCAUCAAGGUCACCAGAAUUCUGCAGAAGAAAGGCUACCUGCAGAAGGAGGUCACGGACCACAUGGUGAGCCUGGCCUGCUCUGACCUGCUGGUCAUCCUGCUGGGCAUGCCCAUGGAGUUCUUCAGUGCCAUCUGGAGCCCCUUUUCCACCCCCAGCGGCAAUAUAGCUUGCAAGCUCUACUACUUCCUCUUUGAAACCUGCAGUUACGCCACUGUGCUGCAUGUUGCCACCCUCAGCUUUGAGAGGUAUGUGGCUAUCUGCCACCCCUUCAAGUUCAAGGCUGUCUCUGGACCCCGCACGGUAAAGCUGCUCAUCGCCUUUGUCUGGGGGACAUCUGUUAUAGUGGCUCUGCCCCUGCUCUUUGCCAUGGGCACAGAAUAUCCCCUGGAAAGUGUUGAGGGCUACCAAGGUAUGACUGACUGCACUGAGUCUACGUCCAAGCACCAUCUCCCUGAGCUGAAGCACAAUGUGACCAUCUGUACCAACCUCUCCUCCAAGUGGUCUCUAUUUCAGGCCAGCAUCUUCAGCGCCUUUGCUGUCUACAUCAUAGUGCUGGGAUCUGUCACCUUCAUGUGCCGCAGCAUGAUGAAAACGCUGAUGAUCCACAAGGAAGGAACUCUGGCAGUGAAGGGUGGACUUGGGCACCAGGAGCAGCGUCUAAGAAAAAGUGAAAGCUCGGAGGGCAAGAGCUCCAGGAGACAGACCAUUUUAUUCCUAGGACUGAUUGUUGCGACCCUGGCAAUAUGUUGGAUGCCAAACCAGGUCAGAAGGAUCAUGGCUGCUUCUAAGCCAAAGCAGGACUGGACUGUCUUAUACUUCAGGGCGUACAUCAUUCUCCUUCCCUUCGCUGACAUCUUCUUCUACCUCAGCUCGGUGGUGAACCCCCUCCUGUACAACAUCUCCUCUCAGCAGUUCCGCAGCGUGUUUCUGCAGGUCCUGCGCUGCCACCUGACCAUAGAGCAUGCCAACAAGGAGAAGUUUCUCAGAGCCAACCUCAGCUCCAGAGAAAGGAGCAGACGGUCUCUACGCCCGCUGCUCUUCAUUUCGUCUAGGCGCAAUUCUUCUUCGAAGGGCAAUAACAAGGUGUUCUUAAGUACUUUUCAGAGUGAGCCCAAGCCUGACUCCAGUCCACAGAAACCAGGUCUUGAACCACCAGAGUCCUGCUUGGAAGUAGUGUCACUGGAGACCAGCUCAGAGCCCCGUCCAGACGCACAAAACGGCCCUUGUGAACAUGAAGUAUGA